AUGUUUCACCCCCCAGGAUUCCUCACUUCACUGAAAAAGUCCGUCACCUUGUUCGUUGCUUCAGCUGUUGCUGAACCUUACUACUACUACAAACGUGAUGCCGAAGCAUCUCCCUACUACUACUACAAACGCAACGCCCAAGAAGAGAAGCGUGAUGCCCAGCCAUACUAUUACUAUAAACGCCAAGAAGAAAAACGUAACGCCCAAGAGGAGAAGCGUGACGCCGAACCAUAUUAUUACUACAAACGCCAAGAAGAGAAGCGUGACGCCCAAGGCUCCUUCAUCCAAGAGGAGAAGCGUGAUGCCGAACCAUAUUAUUACUACAAACGCCAAGAAGAGAAGCAAGAGGAACGUGAUGCCGAACCAUACUACUACUACAAGCGAGAAGCCCAAGAAGAGAAACGUGAUGCCGAAGCCACUCCCUACUACUACUACAAGC